AAAUAAAAUAAAAUAAAAUACAUGUAUACUAUUUAAUAAAUAAUCGCACUCUAUACAGAUGGAAUCAAGAAGUAGACAGAUAGCAUCACCGCGAGCACCACGGCAAAUAACACGUACUAUAAUAUCCGAUCUUAGUAGCGAUCUUGAUUAUGGAUUCUCAAUAAAAGCACCCGAUGAUGAUUCCGUUGGAUCAAAUGAUCAUCUUUUCGAUGUUGUUGGUCCACUUUUUCCUAAUAAUCAAGAAAUAUUCCAAGCAACAAAUACAGUGCCAAUAACAGCAGCUACAACCAGAGAAGAGCGUUUACAUGUUUUGAGUAAUGAUGCAAUGCAAUAUUUUUUGCCAGCUACUGCAUCUUUUUUUGCAGAGAAGCUCAUGAUGUCAACAGAUUCACUCGAUGAUGCUCAUUUUAUAGCCUUAUCUUACUAUCAACAGCAAGACUAUCAAAGAGCAUUAGAAGUAUUAAAUAAGAGAAAGACAUUAUCUAAAAGUGUUAUAUGUAGAUAUCUUGCUGCUCUUUGUUCUAUUGCUUUAGGAAAGGGUAAAGAUGCUCUUGACUAUUUAGGUCACAGAAAUCCAUUUUCUGAUAACAGCAAAAAAAGAGCUUUUAACGAGAUAGAAGUGGCGGAUGGGCAUAUUAAACUAGAUUCUAUCAUGUGCUAUGCAAGAGGAAGAGCUUAUUUAUUACUAAAGGAUAUUGAUAAAGCUAGAGAAUGUUUUAAAGAGGCAUUAACUAUUGAUGUAAAGUGUUAUGAUGCUUUAGAAUCCCUCAUAAUGUAUAAUAUGAUGAAUGAAAAAGAAGAAUGGGAAUUUGUUACAACUUUGCCUUAUGAAGAGCAUUGUGGCCCUGAUUCCAAAUACUUUCGAUAUUUAUAUGGAUUAAAAUUAAAAACAAAUAUUAUGAAAGGGAAAAAUAUAGAUCCAGAUGUGAAAAAUAUUACAAAAAGUUUAGAUGUUCAAUUGAGUAUUGCAGAAGGAUAUUAUAAUGACAAUAGAUUUGAAGAUUGUCUAAAGAUUUGUAAAGAAAUUAGAAAACAAGAUGCAUUCUUCAAGGAAUCAAUACCUCUUUAUUUAGCUUGCCUUUAUGAGCUUGGAAAUAAAAUUGAAUUGUAUGAAUAUGCACAAUUACUUGUGAAUAAGAUGAAUACUGAAGCUGUUGCAUGGCAUGCUGUUGGACUCUAUUAUCUUCAUAUUAAAAAUCAUAUGGAAGCACGGAAGUAUUUUAACCAUGCAUUAACAAUCAAUAAUUUCUUUCAACAAGCCUGGUUAGGUUAUGGCCAUUCAUUUUCUGCUGUAAAAGAUUAUGAUCAAGCUAUUAAUGCAUAUAAUCAGUGCAGCAAGUUAAUACCCGAAUCCUAUCUACCACUCAUGAAUAUAGCAAUACAACAUAUGGGAAAGGAGGAUUUUGAUGCUGCUUAUAUAGAAUUUAAAAAGAGUGUUGAAAAAUGUACUAGCGAUCCAUUUUUAUACAAUGAAUUUGCAGUCUGUUGUUACAAGCUUGAACAAUAUGAAGAGGCUCGUGAGCAUUUACAUGCUGCUUUGAAGCUAGCAAAAGAACGACAGUCUCAACGAAGUCCUAUUUGGGAAAAAAUAUGGUGUAAUUUAGGGCAUAUUUACCGUCAACAGCCUUUACAGAACCAUAAUCGGGCUCUGAAAUGUUUCGAAAAUGCACUUUCCCGAAAUCCCAGGAAUUCAGAUGCUCGUGCAGCAGCAGGCAUGAUAUAUCAACUAAAGGGAAAUAUAGCACGGGCUAUUGUUGAAUACCAUGAAGCAUUAAAAAAUUCAGAUACAAAACAACUCAUUGAGGAGUUAAUUAAAAUUGCGCUGGAAAGUAAUGUGAAGAUGAGUUAUGUAGCGAAUGAUGAAUAUCCUUAUCUUAAUGAUAAUAUAUUUGAUAUUUCCCAAAUUCCUUUAACAAACAAAGAAACGAAAAAUGAAAUAGAUUUAGAAUUGGAUGAAAAUUAUUGGAUGCGUAGUCAUGAAAAGCCUGUUAGUAACCAUAAGAGGACAAGAGAUGACUUUUCUCCUCCUGCAUCGACAGAAAUCAUUGAUACUGAAGAUGAUUUAAUUAUUGAUGAGGGUGAUCUACGGCCAGAAAAGAUAUCAAGAAUAUUAUUGUAAUAAAAGAAAAAACAAUAUUAUAAAUCACUUGCAAAAAAUAUAUAUAUAUAUAUGUAUUUAUGUAUUUAUAUCUAAAAGCAUAUUCAAAGCUGCA